AUGGUUCUGUCCUCCUGCACGAUGAAGCGACGUCAGUUCGCCGACCUCUGGGUCGAUGCGUCAGUGCAGGAGACAUGCCGUCACUCAAACGCCCACUGCAUCAUGAAGGUCCUCAAGGGCAGUCUCCAAGAGACUCGCUACGACUGGCCCACGGUCGCUCUCAACAAGGGCGAGAAACGUCCGCUCGAUGUCAUCUCCCAGAAGACGUACGAACGUGACCAAGUCACGUACAUGUCGGACAAGCUGGGCCUGCACAAGAUCAAGAAUCCGCACCCCACGGAAUACGCAGUGUCACUGCACUUGUACACGCCACCCAAUGCCGCAACGUACGGAUGCUCGACCUUUGAUGAGAAGACUGGUACCUGUCAUCGCGUGAACAAGUGUACCUUCUUUUCCGAGUACGGUCAGCGAAUAGGCGCAAACAGGCCCUAG